GCAGGCGGAGCUAAGGAGGCUGAGAUGGAGGGAUGCUGCUGCUGAAAAGCAGGUGGAGACCGCGGCUGCACUUUCAGAGGGGGGAUCAGAGGCAGCAGCAGAGGACAGAUUCGUCCUAGAGAGUGAAAUUUAAAAAUAAAAUCGGUGGUUUUUAUUUUUUUAUCCGCUGGUGGAAGAUCCGAGCUCAGAGGCUUUGACAGGCUCCGGAACGCUCCGUGUGUCUUUGCGUCGCUGGAGGCAACGAUGAUGUGAUGCUCCAUGUUUGGGCCCGACGGCCGAAGCUUUCUCCCCGAAACCUGAUAUUAUGCGGGGAUCAAGGGGAGCUGCACGGAUUAUAGGGGAACAAAGCACCAGUUUAGAAAACGUUUUGCAAACUGGCAGCCAGCUAUGGUCGACCCCUCGGAGGCUGAGGAGCAGAACAAGUGUAAAGGCCCGCACCUGGAGACGCCAGCUGUGGCCACCGAAGACCCUCGACUGCCGGAACAAGCCGACGGCGCCACGACGGAAGAAGAUGGGGACGCUGGUUUUGAGACGCCACCCACCGGCAGCUCUGAGCCGAGUCCCUGCCACACUGCGUCUCCGCCCGAGGCCACCUCUCAGGUUGCCGCACCUCAGCAACCACGAACUGAUGGAGAUUCAUCUCCCAAGUUGCACCUGGAUCUAUAUAACUUCGACUCGCCGGCUGCAGAGGGAAGCCGCUAUGUGCUAACAAGCCCCCGCUCUCUGGAGGCCUGUGCCCGAUGUGGGGUCAAACCGGUGGAGCUGCUGCCUCGACCGCUCACCGACUUCGCCCGGGAGGCUCCGGGUCGAUCCAUGCGAGUCGCCACGGGAUUGUUUGAAGUCUACGAGCGGGACCGGCACUCCAAACUGAGGCAGUGCAGGGAGGAAAGGGAGAGGAUUGUACGAGAGGAGAAACGGAGGAUUCUGCAGGCGACGGCGAACAGCAGCAGCAGCGGAGUAUCAUCGACCUCCAUAGACAAAACUUCUUCAAGCUCCAGUCCUAAAGCUCAAGGCCCUGAUGCAUCCUCUAGAGGUGCCGCACCAGCCCCGACCUCUAAAACUCUUUUAUCUAAAGCCCCCUCCUCUGCUCUUAGUACCUCACCUAAAUCUGCGCCGUCUUCAAAAACAGGUUCCAUAACUUCCACACCUUCCAACAGAGGUGGAUUUCAAGGGUCCAGACAUCCUUUCUCCUCAUUGUCAGAACAAAUAAAACCUGCCCGGCCGCUCUCAUCCGGCCCUCCACCGGUAGUCCGGAAGUCUUCAAGUGGUAAACCCUCAAACACCUUCCCCAGAUCAACACCAAAACCUCCCUCCUUCCCCCGAGCCAAUUCCACGUUAACAUCCUCAGUGUCGAAACCUGCAGUCCAGAGCACUGGAACGCCUCUGAAUGGCGUAACUAAAGGGCCAUUUUCUCAGCACAAUGGACACCUGGGAUUUCACCCCAAGGUGCGAGGAAGAAGCCAUUCGCUGGAGUCUUUACAGCGAAGAAUGGAUCCCAUCUGCACCUCAACCUCCACCACCACAACUACCACAACGUGCACCUCCUCAGAGUCAGGUGCUUCCUCUUCCUACAGUUGGGACGGUGCACGAGAUCACUGGGCGAAAUCCUCCAGCCCUCGAGCUCGAACAUUGGCCACUUUCAACUCCCUGAUGGGUCGCAGCCUGAGCCUCGGCGACCUGAGCCACUCUCCUCAGACCACGCAGAAGGUGGAGCGCAUCGUGAAGGAGGUGAAGCGUCGAGGCCUGAAGGCCGUGUCCGAACGCGACCGCAAGAUUGCAGCGUUGAUGCUCGCCAGAUAUCAAGAGGAGGACAUCAUGAGUCAGACUCGGUACGUCGCUCACCUUCAGUGGGACAGCGAGCGAAGGAUGGAGGAGCUUCGACGGGAGCAGGAGGAUAGGGAGAAGCAGCGAGCGGUGCUUCAAUGUCAGCGAGUUUGGCAGACGCAAGUGUCAAUACGGCAGCGACGGUUGAGCCAGCAGGAGCGAGAAUCUGCAGCUGCCAAAAUGCGACAGGCUGAGGAGGCGGAGGAGCGAUGGAGGGAGCUGGCGGAGCAGCAGGAGCGAACCCGACUGCUGAGGCUGCAGCAGGCGGCAAGAGAGGAGAAGCACAAGAAAGCUCUUCAGGAGCAGAACCUGAAGGCCCUGGAGGAGGAGAGGGCCGCCAUGCUGGAGCAGGAGAGGCUGCUGCUGAAGGAGAAGCUCACCAUGGCUGAGCUGAAGAGGCAGGAGAAGGAGCACCAGGCCCAGGAGGAGAGACGAGGCUUGAACAAAGCCGAGAAGAGACGCCACGCCGCCCUGAUCCAGGAAAUCGCUCGCCGAGAGCAAGAGGAGAGGGACGAGGCCAGGAGGGCAGCAGAGGAGAAGCUGAGCCGCUCGCUGGAGAACUACGAACAGAUUGUUGAGCGUCGAGGGCAGGAGCUGAAAGAAAAGGCAAAGCGUGAGGAGAAGCAGAUCCAGAAAGCUCGUAGGGCCGCAGAGAGACGUGAGAGGCAGCAGCAGCAGCUGUUGGAGGCUCGAGUGAAGGAGGCCGAGAAGCGAGCCCAACAAGCGGCUCUGGUGGCUGAAGAAAGGGCCAAAGAAAAAGCUCAGCGAGCCAUCCAGAGCCGGCAGGAGAAGGAGCGACUGCAGAAGCUCAACAGGCAGCGGGUGGAGGAUGAGGAGAAGCAGAGGAGGCUGGAGCUGCUGCAGUCCAUCGAGAGGAAGCUGGAGAAGAGCGAGCAGAUCUUCAAGGAAAAGAGAGCGGUGCUGGAGAGCGCCCGGUCCGUCGCUCGAGCCUCCUUCCACGUCCGGGACAAAGUGCGUGAGGAGACCAACAUGCGUACUUUUGAUAAAAUGGCCCUGGAAGCUCAGCUCAAAGCCAGCCUCGAUGACAAAACAAACCCAUAGCUUUGUCAUAAAGUCCUUACUUCUGGUCAUGUGCUUGGCUCCUGCCUUCAUUAUGGCCCUCAUCACUCGACAGCUUUACCCAUCAACACCCACAGUGUUAUUUUUCCUGACAUAUCUUUACCCAUCGGCUGGUUUUAUGACACUUCUGACCAUUUUUUUUUAUUAUCGAUCCUAUCAGAGCAACCAGAAUCAUUUUUUGUAUCAUGGAUGUAAUGAGACUGCAAACUAUAUCAGCUGUAACAAGCCUGUGUGGUGUAAACAGUAGACUUCAUAUUAGAUGAGAGUAGAGAGAGCUGCUUUGUGCAGCAACACAACCCUUCCUCUCGCUUUCUCUUUGCCCUUCUGCUCCAUCCAUCUCAGCUACUGGACUUGAAAGCUGUGCUGGAAUGAAAAGAGUCAUUGUUUACCAGGAAGCACAACUCCAUGACGACUGCGAAGGCUUUUAAAGCAGCGCUCCUGUCAGGGAUAUUCAAGAGAGAGGUUCUGGGCCCUCAAAGCAAAUCAAGUAUUCUUUUGUAAAUUCACUGACGAUGCUAGCGUGGAAGUGAAGCCCUGGGCUGGACGCUGACAAUGCAGCACAGGAAGGCCGUGUGCACGAGUCCUGUGCUGAUGAAGUACCAGAGGACGCUGGUGUCUGCGGCAGGACUUUUGUUUCCUUCAGGGACUCCCUCGAACUCCCCUCUUCAUGUCAGAUUACAGUAAACAGUGAAGACAGACGCCUCUCGACUCCCCCGCCGUCAAUCUGCCCCCAACACAGCUGCCUGGUGACCAAGUCAAGGUCAACAGGUCUUGGUGAUAAAGGAGAGCUGGUGAUGUGACCUAAACUCCUCCUGAAAGAGCCUUUUCUUCCCACACGGAGCUUUAUCAAUCCAAGCAAGUCUCUUCUCUGAUGGGAAUUUACGGAGCUUUGCCCAGGUCACACUGAGAAUUAAUUGCUUAUCCUCUGAUACAUGUGAAAAGUUACUGUGUUUGUACAGUCAAGUGUGUAAUAAGUGGACCAACACAGCAACAAUUGAUAUAGCUGACAAGGAAUGUAAACCAUAUUCCGAAGUUCUGAAAAAGUAUUGCAAGGUAAUUCUUAAGUUGCCCUCAAAAAAUUCUCACUGUGACCGUUAGGAGGCUCCGUUUGAAUUGCAUCCAUAUCAAAGUUAGUUUCUUUUACCCGUUAACAGUGCCAUCUAUUGUGCUGCAAAGAACAGAAUGAACCUACAAGCCUUUUACUUUCAUUAAUGACACGACAUGUACAAGGUUCAAACACAGCUUUACUAGCAUCAAGGCAUGUUAUUCAGUCCAUAAGUAUGUUCCUUCGUACUUCACCCUGACAUGUGGUCUAUAUCAUUUAUGGUGUUAAAGGAUAAGUCCAGUAUUUUUUAAUCCUUUUGGGUUAGAAAUAAUUGGAAUUUAUUUACAUAUUGAGCAAGAAUGCUGCAACCGCAAACAGUUAAAAUGUUAUGUCAUGGGGCAAUCCAGUCCCAAACACUGUAGGCGGCGUUAGCACGGGAUAUCUGGAGAAUUUAGAAGUUCGAUGGAGAGCGUGUAGCUGCUACUUAAAUUGCAACUCUUCCAAUGAUGAAUUACAAAUGUGUGGACAAUUGUAAAGCUCCUCACACAAACUCUUCUGAAAACUAGUUUUAUUAGCUUGGUGUAUGCAUACUGGGUUAUUUUAGGUUGGUCAGGCUUAAGUAAAUGACCAACAUUUAGUCUCCCAGAAUCUCUCUCACACUCAUGUUAAAGCCUAAUUUAUAGUCCUGAGUGGAAUUUCUAUUUGUAUGCUGCUGUGCUAUUACACCUGAAAAAACAGUAGCUAGCAGUUGGUUGUUUCUACCACCGUGUUGAGUUUCUUCAUGUACUUCAAACCAUAUUGACCGAAACAGAGCGGAUUAAGUUGGAAAUUGAGCUAAUAUAUGUUGAGCAACUGUCACUUUUGUUGAGAAUACUGUAAAGAGAGAAGCCAUUGGAACCUAUGCAUGGAAGGGUAGAGUUGUGAAACUGACAAAACACCAUAUGGCUACAUUGGUACAAUCCUGGCCCUUGUGUUUGCAGUCUGAGCAGGACAGAUACAGUUACAGCCUCUUAUAUUUCGUGUCACAGAAGCAUUACUUUUGUACAUAUGACGUGCACACAUCUUACUACCUAGAAGAUCAAUCACAGUUGUUGCAGUGUGUGUCUCCAUGAUGUGUAGUGGCAUUUCUGUGAACGUGUGCCUCAUUCGAUUGCACCAUCCCCAGAAAUGUAACUACACAUCAUGGUUACACACUGCAACAACUUUGAUUUCCUGAAAAGACAAUGCUUCUGUGAGACAAAACAUAAGUGUAGCUGCUUUGUUCCUAAUGCAAACACAAGCGCCAGGGUUGUCCAGAGUAUACACACCUUCACCAAACCUCACCAAUCCAUGUUGCAGUAUUUUCUGUAAAAGCAGCUCUUGUUCAACAUUUAUUAACUCAAACCUGAUCUGCUCCAUUUCAGCAUCCAUUGUUUGAGAUACACUAUAAAACUCAACACAGUGGGAUUAAGUUUAUCGCCCACUAGUGUGUUGGUGGUGUAAAUGCUGAGAGUCUUCCUGUAACAACUAGCAUCUAUCCCUGUAGAAAUUCUAUUUAUAAUCAACAGCAUUAACAUUUCAUAGUUGGUUGUUCCAUUCUUGCUCAAUAUUGGACUGAUUUUGAACAAUUAUGUCCCUACAUAAAGAUUUUAAAAUAAGGUGUGGGUUUAAACUACCGGAAUUAUCCUUUAACUUAUUGAACAUUUGUACAUUAUCAUAAAACGCCAGCUUCAGUGAAUUACAUUAAGUUGCAUCAUCUAAGAAAACAUUGUCACAUGUAGCAAUAAUGAAUUUGGUGGAGGUUGAUAUCAGACAUGUUGGACAGUUUUCAUUGUUUCCAUCAACUGUGUUAAAGUAAAGGACACAAUCUGUGCAUACAAUCAAUCCUUGGAAAUAAAAACAAACAUUUUUCAAGAUGGA